AAGAUUUAACAAUAACCGAAACGCACAAAUCUGAAGAAGAUUCAACUAUGACCGAAAUACACACAUCUGAAGAAAAUUCAGCAAUGACUGAAAUGCAUAAAUCUGAAGAAGAUUCAACCACUUCAGAUUAUUACGAAAGUAAGCUAACGGAAUGUCCCAAAGAAAAGGGCAUAGAAUGUGAUGAUAAGUCCGAAGAGGAUUGUAAUUCGUACGAUAACCAAAAGGACAAAGAGUGUGAUGGCAAAUCAGAUGAAGAUUGUAAUUCGAGCAAAAACAAAUAUGAUGUUAGUGACAACUCUGAAGAUUAUGAAGCAAUUGCUGAAAUGCACAAAACUGAAGAAGAUUCAAAAAUGACUGAAAUACACAAAACUGAAGAAGAUUCAACAAUGACCGAAAUUCUUAAAUCUGAAGAUUCAACGAUAACCGAAAUGCACAGAUCUGAAGAUUCAGCAAUGACCGAAAUGCACAAAUCUGAAGAUUCAGCAAUGACCGAAAUGCACAAAUCUGAAGAUUCAACACUGAUCGAAAUGCACAAAUCUGAAGAAGGUUCAACACUGAUCGAAAUGCACAAAUCUGAAGAAGAUUCAACACUGACCGAAACGCACAAAUCUGAAGAAGAUUCAACUAUGACCGAAAUACACACAUCUGAAGAAAAUUCAACAAUGACUGAAAUGCUUAAAUCUGAAGAAGAUUCAACAAUGGCUGAAAUGCACAAAACUGAAGAAGAUUCAAAAAUGACUGAAAUACACAAAACUGAAGACGAUUCAAAAAUGACUGAAAUACACAAAACUGAAGAAGAUUCAAAAAUGAUUGAAGUGCACAAAAUUGAAGAUUCGACAAUGGCUGAAAGACUCAAAACUGAAGAAAAUUCUACAAUGGACGAAAUGCUUAAAACUGAAGAAAAUUCAACAAUGGCCGAAAUGCUUAAAACUGAACAUCAGUCAAUGGAUAAUUCCAUGGUGUUCACUGACUACUCCAGUGUUCCGCCACCUUCCUCACUUACCUCGGCUUCAGGACCAGUUGAAUUUAGUGAUGCGAUGGCGAAAGUAAAGGCCAUCGCUGCUAAAUUGCUACAAACGGUUGCUCAACAAGGCGUUAAACGCUCGCAUGACGACAGCUAUAAUUCACAUGGUUUAAGAGAUAUUCGAGAUGAUUAUCGGGAUGACUAUCGUAGAGAUACUUACAUCAGACGAGAUCGGGGAAGUCGUUACGAAGAUUAUGGAAGGGAUUCAAAAAGAACAGCCUACGAUGGUGGUUUAUCUCGCCCAGAGCACGAAAAUAAUAAUAGACAUCGUUAUGGUAUAGGAAACGAUGAUCGACGUUCAUAUCAUGCCUCACAUUACGGACCACUUGGUGAUUCUUCUCGUAUUUCAACUCAAGAAGAGUUUAAAGUUCCUAAUGCAGUUGUAGGUUUGGUUAUUGGUCGAGGAGGCGAAAAUUUGAAGCGAAUUGAAAAGCAAACAGGAGCACGAGUUCAAUUUUCACAAGAUCAACCACCAGAUGUUAUAGAAAGGCGAGUAACUAUUACCGGUACAGCAGAUGAUGUUAAGAAUGCCAAAGGAAUGAUUCAACAACUUGUCGACGAUGCUAUCAAUGGAAAUACACUUAAUCGUCGCGAUUUACAAAGCGGAGGAGGUAAUCGUUCAACUAUCACAAUCCACAUUCCAAGUAGUAAAGUUGGAGUUGUGAUCGGCAGAGGUGGAGAAACAAUUCGAGAUUUGCAGGAUCGGAGUGGUGCGCGAAUUAACGUAACACCAGAUAGUGCAGCUAGCCCACAAUCUAAUGACCGUUCAGUAACUUUAAUUGGAGAUGAAGCUGCAGUACAAAGAGCCAAAGCUUUGAUUGAUGAAAUU